CGAAGUUUGAGCCAAUUUUAUCAUUUCUCAUCACUCAUAAAACAGUACAAAUUAUACAGUGUGAAUUAAGCUCUGUUGCAACAAUGGUGUCUGCUACUGCAUCUGCGAAGAAAACUUCUGCACCGAAGAAACCCAGAUCUCAUCCUCCUUAUGUUGAGAUGAUAUCUGAAGCAAUAACUACGUUGAAGGAAAGAACUGGAUCGAGUCAAGUGGCGAUAGCCAAGUUUAUUGAGGAAAAGCAAAAGGGUUUGCCUCCAAACUUCAGGAAGCUUUUGUUGGUUCAAUUGAAGAAGCUUGUUGCUUCAGGAAAACUAACUAAAAUCAAGAGCUCUUUUAAGGUUUCCCCUGUUGUGAAACCUGCCGCCGUUGUGAAGCCAAAGAAGGCACCGGCUCCGGCAACAAAGAAGAAAUCCACCUCCACAACCGCAACUGCUGCCGCAAAGUCGAAAGUGACAGCCCCGAAGAAGAAAGUUGUAGUGAAGAAAGCCAAACCUGCAGCAGCAGCAGCACCAGCAAAGAAAGCGAAGAAGCCAGCUACUGCUCCGGCUAAAGCGAAGAAAACCCCAGUGAAGAAAGCCGCAGUUGCUAAAGUGAAGAAAACUCCAGCGAAGAAAGUUGUGAAGAAGCCGAAAACUAUUAAGUCUCCGGCUAAGAAAGCGAAGAAAUGAAGAAACUAAUCUGAAUUUGGGUGUUUGAAUCUGUAAAUUACUUUUACAUUUCUCUAGCGAUGAUAUCAAAUCCACCCUUUUUCUUCAUGGGUUUUUUAUUCUUCUUCUUCUUCCCCCCUUUCUUUUGCAGUUUUUACUCGUUUCUCCAUUGUUAGGGUUUGUUUGUUUUAGGAGUAUGCCUUGUGCUCUAUCGUUUUCAUUGAAUAGUAACAGAUUUGUAUGAAGAAAAUGAAGAAAAUGAAGAACAGUGUUAGUAGUAUUAUUUUAAUCCAGAAAUUACUUCUAUUUGUGUUAA